CGCCCGAAAGAAAUCGACGGCUUCGCCAGCUUUCCUGGUAUUCCUCAACCAAAAACAAAACUAACAAAGAAUCCUUCUUCUCCUCUCUCUCUUUAUCUCUGUUUUUUUUUUUCGGUAAAAUUUCCUGCUAUAUAUUAUAGAUAGAAGAGAGAUACGUACGUGAAUUAGCAAAACAGAACAUGUGUCACUGGUUUAACACGUUAUCACUACCUCAUCACCAUCCUCAACAUUAAUUUUGAUCAUCGUCAUCUGCCAAACCCAUCCAAAGAUAUACGUCUUCUUGGAUUUCAUCACGCAAAUAUCGCCACGGCAUUGAAAUCUUUAGCUAAAACUCUAUGCCGUCGUCUGAAGGAGGUCGUUGAUCAUCAUCAUUCAGGAAAUAUAUUCUGAUUGAUUGAUUUUAUCAAAUGAUGGAAUUUUCUUCCACCUUGAAGAAAUCAUUCAAAUCCCACCACGGUAGAAAAAUCUCCAUUGAGGACGCCGAUCAGGAUCCCCACCGCGAGGAGCAGCCCAUUCUAUCCCGUCCCCCAAUGUCGUCCACGUCAUCUCCCUCCUCCCCUCCUUCUUCCUCCGGCGAGGUCAUUGUUAAAAUAGACGGCCAGGGCCAGCAGAAUAAUAAUAUAUGGAGAGAGCCCAGCUAUGAUUAUUUCUGGAACAAUAAAGUCGCCGACUCCAGCGGCGAUCCGCCGUCCAGGCUAAUCGGCCAGUUCUUGAAGAAACAACGGGCAGCCGGAAUGGAAAUGUCGCUGGACGUGGACCUUGAGAUGAAUGAGCUCCGACCGUCGGACCGUAAUAACUUUCCUCCUGAUCCUCAUCAUCAUAUUAACAGGAACAAUAAUGAUGGUGAUUCUUUGGGUGGAAGCCGGAGGAUUAACAACAUCUCCAAGGAUCUUAGAGUAUCGUUCCGUUCUCCUCUCAAUGACAAUCACAAUGAUGAUAAUGAUAAGAAUAAGAACGAUGUGAUUGAUAUUGAGGCUGAUGAUCAAAAACAACAAAACUAUUAUAGCCAUCAGCAGCAAUAUAGUAGUAGUACUAGUACUACCACCAAGAAAGAAAUCGAGGAAUUUUCCUCUGAUGAUGAUGAUGACGGAAACGAUGACUAUGAUAACGGGAAAUCAAAGGAGUAUCCUAGCAGGAGAAGAUCAAAUGCGGAUGGAAACGGGAAUUGGAAUGACACCAGUGAUCCUGCUCAGGUUGUUAGGUGUAGCUCGGUGCAGAGGAGAACCAGCGUGCUAGGCCGGCUAAAGACCAAAUCCAGGUUGAUUGACCCGUCGCCUGAGAGGCCGGUGCCGGUGCCAGGGCCGGAUCGUAGAUCAGGGGGGUUGAGGUCGUCAGGGCAAGUCAGGUCAGGCAUGUUAGGUAGAAUUUCAGGAAUGUUAGGAGUUGGGAAUGGGAAUAACACUAAACAGAUUGCCCCAGAAGAUGAAGAGGAUGAUCCUUUAUUCGACGAGGAUCUUCCUGAAGAAUACAGGAAGGCCAAACUCAAUGCACUCACCCUCUUGCAAUGGAUUAGUCUUGUUCUGAUUGUUACAUCCCUGUCGUGCACUCUAGGUAUUCCAAAAUGGAAGCGCCGCACACUGAGAGGGCUUCGGUUGUGGAAAUGGGAAGUUCUAAUCCUUGUGUUGAUUUGUGGGAGGUUGGUAUCAGGUUGGGGGAUCCGAAUAGUUGUGGUCCUGAUUGAGAGGAACUUCGUGUUGCGAAAAAGAGUUUUGUAUUUCGUAUAUGGUAUUCGAAAGGCUGUCCAGAACUGUAUCUGGUUAGGACUGGUUUUAAUUGCCUGGCACUACAUGUUUGAUAAGAAAGUUGAAGGGAAUAAUGACUUUUUGAAGUAUGUCAACAAGCUGAUGGUUUGCAUGUUGGUAGCUACCUUGUUGUGGUUAGUGAAAACGUUGAUGGUCAAAGUACUGGCAUCUUCAUUUCAUGUUAGCACAUUUUUCGAUCGAAUUCAGGAAUCGCUUUUCAAUCAGUAUGUCAUUGAGAUGUUGUCUGGCCCACCCGUGAUCGAGAUCAAGUCUAUUCAGGAGGAAGAGGACAGGACAAUGGCAGAAAUUCAGAAACUUCAGAAUGCUGGAGCUACUUUGCCACCUGAUCUUAGGCCACCUUAUGAUAAGAGUGGGAGGAUGAGGGGGGUGUCGCCUAUUGGUGGCGUUGGGUUGCCCCCGAGGCCAUCACGGGCACUCAGUGUUAAGGUUUCGGGACCUAUAUCCAAGAAUCAGGAUGAUCCUGGCAUAACAAUUGAUCACUUGCACAGGUUGAACCCCAAGAACAUUUCGGCCUGGAAUAUGAAGAGGCUGAUGAAUAUGGUUAGACACGGCGUCCUUUCUACAUUGGACGAGCAAAUCAUGGGCACAACUCAACAAGAUGAAUCCACGACACUUAUCAGAAGUGAGUUUGAAGCCAAAGUUGCUGCUAGGAAGAUUUUUAGGAAUGUUGCCAAACCGAGGGCAAAAUACAUCUAUUUGGAAGACCUAAUGCGCUUCUUGCGAGAAGAAGAGGCCUUGAAGACAAUGAACAUUGUAGAAGGAUCAACUGAAAGUGAAAGAAUCAGCAAAGCCUCCCUCAAGGAUUGGGUGGUGAAUGCUUUCAGAGAGCGGAGGGCGCUUGCAUUGACACUCAAUGAUACAAAAACAGCAGUCAAUAAACUUCACCGCAUGGUCAACAUAUUAGUUGGCAUUAUCAUCGUGAUCAUCUGUCUCGUGAUACUUGAAAUCGCGACGAGCAAAUUCUUGCUGUUUGUGAGCUCUCAGAUUGUUGUGGUGGCUUUCGUGUUUGGAAACACCUGCAAGACAAUAUUUGAGGCCCUCAUAUUCUUGUUCGUAAUGCACCCCUUCGAUGUAGGGGACAGAUGCGAGAUAGAUGGAACUCAGAUGAUUGUGGAAGAAAUGAACAUUCUAACUACCGUUUUCCUGAGAUAUGACAACCAGAAAAUCAUCUUCCCAAACAGUACUCUUUCAACGAAAGCUAUCAGCAACUACUACCGCAGCCCUGACAUGACAGAUACAAUUGAUUUCUUAAUCCACAUUGCCACUCCAGCAGAAAAGAUUGCAAUUAUGAAACAAAGAAUAACCAGUUUAAUCGAGAACAAGAAGGAUCACUGGUACGGCGCCCCAUCCGUGGUGGUGAUGAACAUGCAGGACUUAAACAGUCUGAAGAUGUCGGUGUGGAUUCGACACAGGAUGAAUCAUCAAGAUAUGACGACAAGAUGGAUUAGAAGAGGCCUCCUGAUUGAGGAGAUGAUCAAGAUUUUCAAGGAACUCGACAUUGAGUACCGCUUGUAUCCCCUGGACAUCAACGUCCGCAGCCUUCCGCCUCCAGUCAACUCCACCAGGAUUCCCUCAACCUGGCCUCCUUCUGCUGACUAAGAAUUGAUGCCACAACCAACCAAGACAAAGGAAGGGAAUCAAAGCAGGGUAUCGAUUGGGGAUGAGUGUACGAUGAAGUGUUUGUGGGUAGCAAAACACACAGAGGAGCCAUCCCAUCGCAUUUGAAAUGUUUGAGCUCGAAACGACCUGUGAUGAGCCAGUCAUGUCUUCCAUUCAUUUUUUGGUUCUGAUCUAUGUCUUUUUCUGCUCUUGUAGUGGUUUUCGGUAUUUUAAUUGGAUGCAUCCAGGCAUAUGAUACAUAGUUGAGCAAACAUCUGGGAAUUCUUCAACUUUUCCCAAAUAGCCCAUUUGAGUUGCAUCCAGCAAUAUUAUUCACUCAUUCAUUUCAAUGGGAUGACUGAAGGAACGUCGAGAGAGAAAAUUGACUCAAUUCAUAUUGACUAUCGAGACAUAAUUUUUUUUAACUAAAAAAGAAGAAGAAGAAGAAGAAGAAUGAAGAAACAUAAGGCUGUAAAAAUCACCACAUUGGCAACUGUGACAAGUAAAAUUUCAAAGCGAAACAGGAGCAUCAGUUUGAGUAGCAUCAAUCAAAUAUUGUUCGCUCUCUCUUUUAUGAUCAACUUCAUUCAAUCCAUGGAAUGACUGGAAGAAACAUAAAACUGAAAUGAAACAACAGGAAUCAGGUGUUUUUAUAAUUGGAAACAUCGGCAUUGAAAAUUGAUUCAGAUUCUCUUAUUAACCUGACCAAAAUAACUAACCUGACC